CACAGUGCCGAGCGCGCCUCGCCCUCUGCACAGCUCACCUUUAAACCAGAGCUUCUUUAAGUGGAACAAAGCCGGACACAUUGGGAUACAUUUUAUCAGCCGUGCGACUAAAGCUGGAUUAACACACUGACUUUAAAGUCUACACUACGGGGAGAAGGUUGUAAAAUAGUAUCAUUCGUGCCCUCAACUUCUCCAAAACGCGGACCCAACACCUGGACACACCUGUCUCCUCCGCUGUGUGGCACACAUCUAACAUCUCCACGGUUGUUGGUGUCUUUUCUCACCGAUUCAGUGAGCCCUACACUACAGCUUCAGAGUGGACACUGGACAGAGCAAGUAGGAUGGCUGCAGACAACUUUUUAAGGACACAUUUCUGACGCCCUGGGGCAAGUUUUUCUGAUUGAAAUCUAGCUCGUAUUCAGCCACGAUGACUACAGAUUACGAUCUGUGCCACAUCCAGCACCACAUCGACGGCAUCAAGAGCCCGCUGAUCAGCGCCACCAUGUUCGCCGCGGGCAUCUUCGGAAACGUGGCUGCCCUGGUGAUACUGGAGAUCCGAAGACGCAGGGCCAUGAGGUCCGGGGAGGGUUGGCGGCGCUCGUUGUUUCACGUCCUCAUCACGGCGCUGGUGGUCACGGACCUGGCGGGGACCUGCCUCAUCAGCCCGCUGGUGCAGCUGUCGUAUGCGCGCAACACCACCCUGAUAGGGAUGUCGCCUGAGUCUCACAGCGUGUGCUCGUACUUUGGAAUCAGCAUGACCUUCUUCAGCCUGGCCACCAUGUCGCUCCUCUUCUCUAUGGCUCUAGAAAGGUGCUUCGCUAUUGGGUACCCCUUCCUGUACAGCCGGCACGUCACCAAGAAAUGUGCCUACAUAUCAAUCCCAGUGGUGUUUUUGCUAUGUAUUUUAUUCUGCCUCCUCCCUUUCGCUGGGUUCGGUAGUUAUGUACAAUACUGCCCCGGCACGUGGUGCUUCAUCGACAUGAACCCUUCCAAACCGAAGGACCGGGUCUAUGCUAGCCUGUACGCCACCCUGAUGCUGGUGCUGGUGCUAGCUAUAGUGGCAUGCAAUGGGUUCGUGGUGUACCAGCUGUUCAGGAUGUACCAGCGGAGGAGAAGGAAUGGAGGGUCUGUGAUGGGCACCACAAGAUCCAACGGCGAACGCAAGGCCAUGUCCAUGGCGGAGGAGGUGGAGCAUCUCAUCCUGCUGGUCUUCAUGACCAUCAUCUUCAUCAUCUGCACGCUGCCCCUGGUGAUCCGGGUGUACAUCAACUCCAUUGUGACGGACAGAGAGUCUCACCGCCUGGACCUGAUCGCCUUGCGCUUCAUCUCUGUGAACUCUAUCAUCGACCCCUGGGUCUUUAUCCUCCUCUCCCCCAGCGUUCUGCACUUUUGCUGGUCCUCCAUUUGCAGGGCUUCCCUGGGAGUCUCCAGGGGAUCCAUUUUUAAAUCAUCCAUGGCCAAAGAGAACUCUCCGGCGAACCUCGAACUGUGCCCACCGACGAUAGAGUACACCGAGGACUUUCCCUCUGGGGAAACCCUAUGACCACAACAGUUCUUUAUUAUUCCAUAUGUAUACGUAUUGGACACAUGAUAAAGCGAGGAGGUUUCCUGGGCCACAACAUCCCUCCCAUGUCGGGGGUGUUAUCUAUUUUAUGGAUGUGUUUCCGUAAGAUAAUGGCCCUCACUGUGACUUCUUGCCAGACACUUGGGAUUUCCUUCUACUCCUAGCAUGUCAGCUAAGUGUAUGCAUGUUGACUGCAUACUGGCUUCUCUAAAGUGUUAUAAUUCAAGUGCAAAAGCCACUUUAGCUUGUAUGUUAUGCUAAUGAAUCAAUGGAAUGAAGAGGCUGCUGAUGGAAGCUAAAAGAGACUUCAUUCAGGAUGGGGAAUCGACAAAGCACUGUGGUCUGUUCAUUGGAGGAGCUUGUGGCAGAAUGCAACAUACAUCUUCCAACAAGGACUUGCUGUACAUGUAUACUUUGAUUCAAAUGCUGCUUUCCAAACUAACAUGUCAUUGUAUAGAGCACACUCAAAGACAAGAGUCGAUAUGGGGUGAAAACAAACCAGGAUAACAAAAAGUAAGCACAUUCAGAACUAAAUAAGAAGAUACAUAAAGAAGAGUUAGCCAUUUUGUUAUCAAAUGUACAGAAGGGAGUCGGUUUGCAACAGGAAAGCAUUGUAAUGCUUGUGCAUCUCACUGAAGCAUACCUAGAUACAAUCUAGACAUGAGACAUGUUCAUACAAGUCUAAAUGAGAGCUGAUAUUAAAUAUUCCAGGCACGACUUUCUUUGAACCUCAGACUUUAACCCCCGGUUUGCUUUGGUAACCGUGCUCCACUACCAGACUCCUGCUGGAAAGGUCAAAGGUCAACAAUCCUGGAGCCGGGUCAAGACUCAGGAAGCUUUGACAGAAAAGUUAUGUUGAUCAUGAAUUUAUAUAUACCAUAAGUAGCAUAUACCAUUGUAUCAUACUGAUAAAUCAUCACAAGUUCUUCAUAUAAGUUACCUUUUGACUUUUACAGAUCAGGUUCUCUAAAUGUAUCAUCAAAGGAUAAACUAUUCCAUAAAGUACAUUUAGUUGGAAGUUAAAGGUGCCCUGUGUAGUUUUGUUCAGUAUUACUCAUUGGAACAUGUCCCCAUAUCAUCUAAUGAUGGUAUUUUAUAAAACACUGGCAAUUGGCACUACCAUUGGUCAAAAACCACUCUGUUCCUUUUUAUGUUUCUGGAGUUUUAUAAUAUAUAUUUAAAAUACUGUUUGAAAGCUAAUUAUCAUUUACUAAAUAUUAUUUUAUUGUACAGAAUGUGGAGUAGCGAGCCUAUAGGUUCCUGAUAUAAAUUGUCUGUUACCCUUUAAAAAGUACCAUGUUUUGUUUAUUAUGGGACAGAACUUCUUGGCAGGUCCUUUGUUCUCUUACAUUGUUUAAAAGUUAUUUGGAAACUAUGAAAAGAGCACCCCUUAUUGUUAUCCAUCAACUUUACGACUGAAGUGCCAUUUGAACUGCAUUAGUUUUACUGGGGAACAUCUUAAAAUGUUAUUUUCAAUGCGUGUUUUUGCAGAGCACCGCCAUUCAUCAGGGACAGACUAUGUCCACUUAAAUAGACGCUAAUAGCCCAGAUGGAAAACGUCAUGAUUUCUAUCUCUGUUGUAUCCUUGUGCUGAUUGUUCAAACGUGUUUAAAUGCCAACUAAAAUGCUGGUUCUUCAUAGCCACCUAUGUUAUAUUAUGACAUUAUAAUGAUGUUGGUUCUAACUGACCUGAAUUAGAACUAGAAAAGCAGGUUGUUUCUCCACUUUUGUGCAGCGGUAAAAGUAACACAUGUUGGAUUCACACAGGGUUAUGUUACACAACACCAUGGGAAAUUGUACUAUAAAAGAGUGAAUCAAAUUCAAACUGGGCUCAAGUGUUGACAAGAAAAUAAGCUACUACAGAUUUUAGCAGGAUGUCCACUCAUAAAUCUCUCGAAAGUAGAUACACAUUGGGUUACACAACAGCAUAGGUCCAGUUUGAAUCAAAAACAUGUAAUCCUGGUGUGUAUAAUGUGAGAAAAAAAAACUACAAGUUCUCAAACUAUAUGUAUUUUUAAAAGUUGCCAGAACAUUAGUGAGCAUGAGUUAAACUUUGGGACUGUAAGCCUUUAUUUGAGAGUGUCACGGAUGUGUGUAUUUGAGUGUGUGUGCGUGUGUGUUGUGAGAACGGCUUUUUAUUGCCUCUGCUGUUGGUUCUGAGCUCAGCAUCAAAAUGUUCAGUGUUAACGACAGUGUCUUACUGCUUCCUGUGUGAGUGGGUUUGCUUCUGUGUGUUUUCCUGUUGUAUUUUUUGCAAAUGUCCCCACAUACAUGCUUGUGAGUCUAUGUGCCUACAAUAGGUGCAAGCUUGUGUGUAUGUGCAUGAUUGUGUGUGUGUGUGUGUGUGUGUGUGUGUGUGUGUGUGUGUGUGUGUGUGUGUGUGUGUGUGUGUGUGUGUGUGUGUGUGUGUGUGUGUGUGUGUGUGUGAGACAGACAGCACUGAUGUGUCAAACAAGAAUGCUACGUACCUACCUACCUGGAUGUCUUGUACUCUGUUAUUAUAAAGUACUGUAAAGGAAACUGACUGCACUGUGUGUAUGUGUGUGUUUUAUGGCUUGUGUAAAUAAACAUCUCGUCCACUACA